ACCACCCAAAGCCUUUUUAUCUCUUUCACCCCAUAAAUCGCUCUCUACAAAUCGAACAAAUUUUUUUUUUAAAAUUUUGUUUUAUGUAAAUUCCUUAGCUCAAUCGAUAAUUCAGAGUACCCCGUCGAUCUGUUUUUUUUUUUUUUUUUGAGAAUUUUUGAGGUAUUUAAGAGGAAUUGGUGGGGAAUUUCUCUUGGGAUGAAGGUGCAAUUUCUUUGUAUUUGAUCUGAAAAUGGGGGAAAUCGGGAUUUUAUUGCAGAUUUGAGAAGUUUGGAUUUGUGAUUGCUUCAAAACUCCUCCUUUUAGAGGUGUAUAAAUGCCCCAAUUAUGUGUAUUUUAAUAGGGUUUGCUAUAGAAAGUAAUUAUUAGAACUAGGGUUCGUUAAUGCUACAUUUAUUAUGGUUUUGAGCUUUUGAGCUGAUUUAUGAAGAAUUGGAAGCAGGUGAUCUGAAUAUUUUGGCUCACAUUUGUGUAAUUUGGUGGCUAUUUGAAGAAUUCUGAGUUGGGUUCUUUCCAAAGGUUCAGGGAUUUGGUAUUUUAGCUUUUAAAGAUUUGAACCAGAGCAAAAGUUUGGAACUUGUAGGAAUUUUGGGUCUUUUUUGCUCCUUUUUAGCUUCUGAUUCAUUAAAAAGAGGUUUUUUUGGCUUUAGAAAGAGCACGGUUUGUGAUCUUAGCUGGUGAGACUUGUGGGUGUGGGAAAUAAAGUGUGUGGAAUGAAGACGACGGCUUCUCCGAUAAGCCUUUCGGGUCUUAUGGCCGUUCCUCGAUGCUUUUCCUCCAAUUUUCGCUCUGUCGGAGGAUUGGUUUUAUGCCUCAUGUUAGUUUCUUUGGCCCUGGUUUCGUCAUCUCUUUUUCAUUCAUCAUACAAGGAUUAUCUCCUCAGGCCCGACAAUUGGAGCAAGUUCAAUUUGCUUUCCAGGAAUCAGAGUGGUGUUAUAGAAAUGACCCAUGAUGAUAAGAUUGUUAUUAAUGUUUCUUUAGCUGAUACACUAUCGAAAUCCGAUGGGAAAGCCGAAACGAUUAUUCCUAACGGCACUUUUGUUCCCGAUGCUCUAGUUGGCGAAUCCUCUAUAAAGGGUUCGGUAGAUGAUCCUAAGAUUGGUUUAGUACGUGAUAAGUCAUCUUUGUCCGAUGCCAAUUUAGUCUCAGAUGCAUCUGCUGACUCUAAGAGAGCCGAUCGAAGGAGUUGCGAUCUGUACCAUGGGAAAUGGGUUUACGAUCCUGCCGGGCCCCUAUACACGAGCAAUACAUGCCCGAUCAUAACGCAGACGCAGAAUUGCCAGGUGAACGGUAGACCAGACAAGGAGUAUGUGAACUACAGGUGGAAUCCUGACGGAUGCGACCUCCCACGUUUUGAUGCGAAGAAAUUCUUGGAGCUGAUGAGGCACAAGACUCUGGCAUUUGUCGGGGAUUCUGUCGCCAGGAAUCAGAUGGAAUCUCUUGUUUGCAUUCUGUGGCAGGUAGAGGCUCCGAAGAACCGUGGCAAUCGUCGGAUGCAGAGGUGGUACUUCCCCUCGACCUCAACAUCGAUCGCUCGCGUUUGGUCCUCGUGGCUCGUGAACCGAACCAACGCUCCCUUGGUAUCAGCCCGCAAUGGGAUAGACCAGGUCCAGCUCGACAUCCCUGACAAGGUCUUCAUGGACUUGCUUCCGAGAUUCGACGUCCUCGUCCUCUCUUCCGGCCAUUGGUUUGCCAAACGGUCGGCUUAUCUCUUGAAUGGCACGAUCGUCGGGGGCCAGCUCUGGUGGCCCAAAGAAUUCGGCACGAUGCCAGUUAAUAACGUCGAGGCAUUCGGUAUAUCAGUUGAGACGAGCCUCUCUGCAAUCGCCAACAACCCUAAUUUUACCGGCCUCGUAAUCAUCCGGUCAUACUCACCGGACCACUACGAAGGUGGGGCAUGGAACACUGGCGGGUCAUGCACGGGGAAGACUCGGCCUGUUACUGAGCUGGUACAGAAUGGAUUUACCAACAUAAUGUAUGAGAAGCAAGUCACAGGUUUCCAACGGGCGGCGGCGAAGGCGAGAGGUGGAGCUAAAUUGAGGUUCAUGGACAUUACGGAGCCUUUUGCGUAUCGUCCCGACGGGCACCCGGGCCCGUACAGGAACACAGAUCCGAAAAAGGUGACGACGAGGGGAACCAAUGGAGAGCCCCCGCCGCAGGAUUGCCUGCAUUGGUGCAUGCCGGGGGCGAUCGACACCUGGAAUGAGUUUUUGCUGGAGAUCAUCCGAAGAGAAUACGAGGGAGCCGGAAACUGACCUUCGGUUCGCUGAUAAAUUUCAAUCUCUCUAACUUCUUGUACUACAUACAGGGCGGCGUCUGCUCGUUCUUCGCCAUCUUAUAUAGGAGAAAAAUCUUUCACUAGAUACUAAAUUCGCGAGACUUUAUUUCUAUUCUUUUUAGACGACUUGUAACCGGCGCCUUUUCUUGUAAAAUUUCUGAGGUAUAUAGUUCAGUAAAGAAUACCCCUCUUUUUAUCGGCUGCGCCUAUAA